AUGGCGCUGGCGGUGCUUCUCGCGGCGGCCACCGCCGCCGCUGCUGCUGCGCCGGCGCUGCUUCUGCAGCGUACGCGGCCGCUUCAGGGUACUCACCUCGACCACAUGAAGGAGCUGGUCCAGGUGGACAAGGAGCGACUCUCCGGGAACAGGGGCGCGUUCGACUUCGCGCUGCAGGGCAUGCCCGGAUUUCCCAAGCCGACAUUUGUGACUAUUGUAUCAAAAUUAAUAAUUUGCAGGCUGUACUAUGCACGCGUGAAAUUGGGGAACCCACCGAAGGAGUAUUAUGUUCAGUUUGACACUGGAAGUGACAUAAUGUGGAUUUCAGGCAACCCCUGUACUGGUUGCCCCAAAUCAAGUGAGCUAAAAUUCCCACUGGAGUUGUACAACCCGAACUCUUCAGCAACUUCAUCUAGGAUCUCUUGCUCUGACCAUAGGUGCAUUGGUGCCCUCAAGACAGGGUAUGCCAUCUGUAAUAGCUCGCACUCCCCAAGAAACCAAUGUGGUUACAGCUUCACCUACGCUGAUGGGGGAGCCACAUCAGGAUAUUAUGUGACUGACACCAUUUACUUGGACACUAUAUUGGGAAAUGAGGGGGGUGUCAAUUCUUCUGCCACGGUCCUUUUUGGAUGCAGCAACUCCCGUACAGGGAUUGCAGAUGGUGUGAUAGGAUUUGGAAAAGGUGCAAUAUCUGUGAUCUCCCAGCUAAGCGCUCAACGAUUGUCUGGGAAAGUGUUCUCUCACUGCCUGAAGCGUUCAGAAUAUGGUGGUGGAAUUCUCAUUCUUGGUGAAGUUGUCAAGCCAGGAUUUGUAUCUACUCCGCUCGUUACAACACAGCCUCGUUACAACGUGAACAUGAAGAGUAUUACUGUCAAUGGUAAACUGCUCCAAAUUAAUUCUUCCUUAUUUGCGACAUCAACUGCAAAGGGGACAGUGCUUGAUUCAGGAACAACGCUAACUUACCUGGCAGAUGGGCUCUACGAGCCUGUUAUCAGUGCUAUACAUGCUGCUGUCUCUCCUUCUGUGCGCUCUUUUGUUCACAUUGGAAUCCGAUAUUUUGUCACUAGGGCCCUCUCGUUAUUUCCAACUGUGACACUAUAUUUUGAGGAUGGUGCUGCAAUGAAAGUGGGGCCAGAGAGCUAUCUUGUGCGCCAGGGUUAUUAUGACAAUGAUGAUAUAUUGUGUGUUGGAUUUCAAAGGAGCAUGGAGAUUGAGGGUUACGAGCAGACCACUAUACUUGGAGAUCUUGUUCUACGUGACAAGAUAGUUGUGUAUAACUUGGACAAAAUGCGCGUGGGUUGGGUAGACUAUGAUUGCUCCCUACUCAACACGACUACCCCCUUUGUCGCAAGUGGCUCGAUGGGGUACCAUGCACCAACAUACUACAUCAGCUUGAUAGUUGCUGGAGUAGCCGUCAUCAUGAUCGCAGCAAGUCAGUUGUUCAUAUAUUCCACAGUGUCAAAACAGAAUGGAGUUAUUCCAUCUGCAUUCUGCAAGGCAAAGAAGCAUUGA